AUGGAAGCCACGGAUUACAAUCAGUCCCAUGAAAACUAUACGGAUUUCUUUGUUUCUCCCAGUGUGUUUCCAUAUCUUAAGGCCUUUUGCAUCACUUGCUACAGUUUCACAUUUAUUGUCGGAAUCGUGGGAAAUGGUUUAGUCAUCUGGAUUGCUGGGUUCAAGAUGAAGACCGUCGGUGCGGUGUGGUUCCUCAACUUGGCCAUUGCCGACUUCCUGUGCUGCCUCUUUCUUCCGUUCGGCAUUGCGGAGUGGUCUUUGUUCACCCUAACUUACUUUCCUGAAGAGUUGUGUAAAAUCAGUGUAAUGACAUUGAUUCUGAACAUGUGCAGCAGCGUCUACUUCCUAACCGUCAUCAGCGUUGACCGUUGUGUGUCCGUGACAUGGCCAAUUUGGGCAAAGCUACGCAGGACACGCAAAUUAGCGCACAUUAUUUCCGGCAUGGUUUGGGGGCUUUGUCUGAUUUUGAGUGUUCCAUUUAUUGCCUUUCACAAUCUACACACUGACUUUUCAGACUGUUCGGAAAAGUCUGAGCAAUUUGAAAACAGUUCAUCAUAUCAAUUAGUGAAAACGUUGCGGCACGCUAGAUUUGCCAUUAUGUUUGCGCUGCCCUUCGCCGCCAUCCUUGUGUCUUAUGGUCUUCUAUUUCUAAAGCUGAAGAAAAAAAGGAGACGAUCGAUACAAUCCCAGCAAUCCUAUCAGAUAUUAAUUGCAGUUGUGAUCUGCUUCUUCAUCUGCUGGUUCCCGUAUUAUACCUGGCCCCUUGUCCCCGUUAACAAAGCUAAACACCAAUUAGAUAACCUGAUUAAUGAAAUUUGCAUAUGUGUGGCUUACAUGAACAGUUGCAUAAAUCCUAUUCUGUAUGUGUUCUUUUGCCGAGACUUCAAGGACAAUUUAAUCAAAUCCAUUCCAGCAAGCCUGGAGAAAGCCUUCUUGGAUAGAUCUGACGUUCAGAGUAUUGAAGAACUGAGUGGUUAA